UUGAAGGAUGAAAGCAUCGUGAGUUACUCCACAGAUAUUGCCUGAAGCAAUUUGUGGGUGUCUUCACUCACCUCCACAUUCUCCAUCUUCAACCUCCGUUGCAUGGCCGAACUUGUCAUACAAGCAGCUGCAUAAGUUCUGAUCAAUGAUUCAGAAACAUCCACCCCUAGAGAAUCCACAGAUUUCUUCACAAUCUCUACAAAUUCUUCUGCACCGUCAACAUCCUUUUCUUGUUCAAAAUGCCUCAUCAUGACAUCCAUGACCUUUGACGAUGGAAUCCACUUCUCACCAUUCCCAAACAUGGCUUUUAGCCUAUGUUUACGAUCCCCAAUCAUUUCUCUCCUACAUUUCGUCCUUCUCGUAUCUACUGUUUGUUGUGUUCAUUCAUCACAAUUUGGUAACCACCCAGUUGAAAAUCAAACUUUUUGGCCGAAGGAAGAGUUGCGCAAGUUGAACGCUGUAAGAGCUCGUCUUCGGCAAAUCAACAAACCUCCUGUUAAGACAAUUCAGAGUCCCGAUGGAGAUAUAAUAGAUUGUGUUCUAUCUUAUAAGCAACCAGCCUUUGAUCAUCCUCUACUGAAAGGACACAAACCAUUGGAUCCCCCAGAAAGACCGAGAGGACAUAACCAAAUGGAUUAUUUGAAUGAGAACUUUCAGUUAUGGAGUUUGUCCGGUGACUCAUGCCCUGAAGGCACAAUUCCGAUAAGAAGAACAAGGGAAGAGGAUAUUUUAAGAGUUCAAUCUGUUCACAGAUUUGGAAUGAAAAAAACACUAAAUCGUGUCAGAAGGGACACCAGUGGCAAUGGACAUGAGCAUGCAAUUGGGUAUGUGACAGGGGAUAAGUACUACGGAGCAAAAGCUAGCAUAAACGUGUGGGCACCCAUGGUAGAAAACCCAUCUGAAUUUAGCUUGUCUCAAAUAUGGGUCAUUUCUGGUUCAUUUGGGGAUGAUCUAAACACCAUUGAAGCUGGUUGGCAGGUCAGUCCAGGGUUAUAUGGGGAUAGGUAUCCUAGAUUCUUUACUUAUUGGACAACUGAUGCAUACCAAGCAACUGGGUGUUACAAUUUACUCUGUUCAGGUUUUGUUCAAACUAACAAUAAAAUUGCAAUUGGAGCAGCAAUCUCUCCAACUUCUUCAUACAAUGGUGGCCAAUUUGAUAUUAGCUUACUCAUUUGGAAGGAUCCGAAGCAUGGGAACUGGUGGCUUGAAUUUGGAGGCGGGAGCCUAGUUGGGUACUGGCCAUCGUCGUUGUUCAGCCACUUAAGAGAUCAUGCAAGCAUGAUUCACUUUGGUGGAGAAAUAGUGAAUUCAGGGAUAUCAGGGUCUCACACUUCCACUCAAAUGGGUAGUGGACAUUUUGCAGAAGAGGGUUUUGGAAAAGCUUCAUAUUUCAGGAAUAUGCAAGUUGUGGAUUGGGACAAUAACUUGAUUCCCUUGUCAGAUUUAAAGGUUCUAGCAGAUCAUCCAAAUUGCUACCACAUACAAGGAGGGGUUAACCAGGCAUGGGGGAAUUAUUUUUACUAUGGUGGACCUGGAAGAAAUGUAAAUUGUCCCUAACCUUCAUUUGGAGGGAGGAUGUCGACGAUUCCAAAGAAAUUGAAAAUAUCUAGUAAUUGAAUUACUUGCGAUUAAA